AGAGCAGGAAACCACAGAGCAGGAAACAGCAGAGCAAGAAACAGCAGAACAGGAAACCACAGAGCAGCAGACAGCAGAGCAAGAAACAGCAGAGGCGUCAUCCCUCCCAGACCAGCAGCCCAGACAUGGCCCAAAGAAUUGGGCUUUAUGUGGAGCAGCAUCUUACCGCUGCUGUUUUAAAAAUGAAUGGACCACUAUGUGGCCAUUCAUAACUAAAGGCAGCCUGAAUACACACUACUGGUGCUCAGUAUGCCGGGUUGAGAACACCUGUUGCCACCAGGGUGUGGCUGAUGUGGUGCGCCACAUUAAAAUUAAAAGCCACCAGGACAAGCAAAGAGCCCUAUAGUCCACUGCCUCAAUAACAAAUUAUGCUGUGUCUGCUCCCCUUGUUGGGGGGGAUGUCUGAACAAGAGGUCAAGACAAGGAGGGCUGAAGUGAAACUGACUGCCACAUUAAUUCAGCACAACAUUCCCCUUGCUUUUGCUGAUCACCUGGCACAGACACUGCGGGAGUGCUUCAAAGACUCCAAAACAGCACAAGACUACAAGUGUGCUCGGACUAAAUCGUCAUGUAUCGUGAAUGGCGCAUUGGCCCCAUAUUUCAUGGACGAGCUGGUGGAAAAAAUGAAAAUGGCACCUUACACACUAAUUACCGAUGGCUCUAAUGAUACAGGAUCAGAGAAAGAUGAACCCACUAACUGUCCGUAUAUUUCUGGGAAGCAAAGUUGUCCAUCGGUUCCUUGGGAUGUGCACCACCAGCGGCACAACAUGUGGGACAGCGGAGAUCGUCUUUGCAAAAAUAAAUGCCACCCUGGAAGAAAAGGGUAUUCCUUGGAGUUGUUGUGUGGGUCUGUCAGUGGACAAUGCUGCUGUAAAUACUGGCUCACGCAACUCCAUUGCCUCUAGAGUCCGGGAGAAGCACCCAAAUGUCUACGUCCAUGGCUGCCCAUGUCAUGUGGUUCACAACACUGCAAAAUCUGCCGGGGCAGAUUUUUGUGAUGUGUCCAGUUUUGAUUGGGAGGACUUCGCAACUGAUUUUGGCCUAUGGUUCAAGGGCAGCACAAACCGUAAAGGGUACUUGACAGAGUUUUGUGAGCUCCAUGAAUUGCAGUACAUGGAGGUCCUCAUGCAUGUUGCGGUUCGUUGGUUGAGUCUUGAGGUCUGUGUAACUCCGAUCCUGAGACUGUACGACCCUCUGGCCAGCUACUUCAAAUCUGCUGAUGAAAGUCACCCGAGGUUCAGGAGGCUUCGGGCAGCAUUUAGUGACCCCAUGACUGAGGUUUACCUACUGUUCCUCCAGGCGUGCUUACCAACAUUCACCACCUUCAAUCUCCUCCUUCAGCGGGAGCAGGCCUCAAUUCAUUUGUUACAUGAUGAGAUGCAGAAAUUCAUUCGCAAGCUGUGUUCAAAAUUCAUGGUACCAACAGCACUGCAGGACUGUGAGCAGGCUUUGGAAAUUUCCUUCAAAGAAAAGGCAACCCAUUUACCAGGAAGAAAGCUGAACAUUGGCCUCACCACCAGGGGAAAGGUCAACAAGCUAUUGGAAGAAGGCGACAUCACCCCACAACAUGUGGAGAAAUUUCAUGAGGCAGCAUUGACGUUUCUGACUACUGCUGUGGCCUAUGCCUUGCAGAAACUUCCCUUCAAGGAGCCCCUACUGCAGCACGCCAAAUUUGUGGAUGUUCGUCAGAGGUCCGAAUGUGACAUCCAAGAUGUCCAUUACUUUGUUUAGAGGUUUCCCCACCUGCUGCCAUACCAUGGGCCGGGGGAGCAGGAUCUACUGGCUGAAGAAUUCCUUGAGUACCAAACCAUGCCAUUGCCACCUCUGCAGCCCCCAGAGGAGCUUGAAAUGGAAAGAUUCUGGUUUGAAAUGGCUACCCGGAAAAAUAAGGUGACAGGAGUAAGAGAGUUUCCUAGGCUUUCUGCUGUUGCAAAGCUUGUCCUCAUUCUGCCACACUCCAACGCGGAUGCUGAGAGGGUCUUUUCUGCGUUGGGCCUGAACAAGACAAAGACGAGAAACAGCUUGGCUCUAGAUGGCACCCUCUCGUCAAUCAUGGCCAUAAAGAUGGCUGAUUUGGAGCCCUGCUUCAGAUGGGAGCCCCCACCCAGUGUCAUCAAGGCCUCCAAGAAGGCCACAGGCCAGUAUAAUCAGGAACAUAAAACCUGAACCUGAACACUCCCCCCCAAAAAAAAAUUAAAAACAAACAAAAAAAAAACAAAUAUAUGAAUGUCACAGUUAGAUUUUUCAUCUUUUGAGCAUUUCAAAGAAGGCCUUGAAUCUUAAUGGGCUUGAAAGGGGGUUUACAGUGUUUGUCUAAAGGCAUUGCUGGGGCAAGGACUAUUGUAAGAGGCAGACUCAACUGGCAUUUUCCACAUUUGCAAAAAAAGUCUUUGUUACCACCUCAUUUGGGGAAACUGAUAUUGUUCCAAAGAAAAGCAUACAAUAAAACCCUAAAUAAAGCUGCCUUCGCCAAGAAAAUUGUUAAUCAUCUCAUCUCAUCUCAUUAUCUCUAGCCGCUUUAUCCUUCUACAGGGUCGCAGGCAAGCUGGAGCCUAUCCCAGCUGACUACGGGGGAGAGGCGGGGUACACCCUGGACAAGUCGCCAGGUCAUCACAGGGCUGACACAUAGACACAGACAACCAUUCACACUCUCAUUCACACCUACGGUCAAUUUAGAGUCACCAGUUAACCUAACCUGCAUGUCUUUGGACUGUGGGGGAAACCGGAGCACCCGGAGGAAACCCACACGGACACGGGGAGAACAUGCAAACUCCGCACAG